GCAUUGCCCAGAUACACACCCCGGAGGAACGUCCCCUCUUAUUUUGUGGCUGUGGUGCCACAGGACAAGAAGUUGGAUGACCAGAAAAUUCAGGUCACUCCUCCAAGAUUUCAGCUUGUCUUUUUACCAUUUGCUGAUGAUAAAAGGAAGGUGCCCUUUACUGAAAAAAUCAUGGCAACUCCAGAGCAGGUGGACAAGAUGAAGGCUGUCAUUAAGAAGUUCUGCUUCAUAUACAAAAGUGACAGCUUUGAGAACCCCAUGCUGCAGCAGCACUUCAGGAACCUGGAGUCCUUGGUCUUCGAUUUGAUGGAGCCUGAACAAGCAGUGGACCUGACAUUACCCAAGGUUGAAGGAAUGAAUAAAAGACUGGGUUCCCUGGUGGAUGAAUUUGAGGAGCUUGCUUACCCACCAGAUUACAAACCUGAAGGGAAAGUUACCAACAGAAAACAUGAUAAUGAAGGUUCUGGAAGCAAAAGUCCCAAGCUGGAGUAUUCCGGAGAGGGGCUGAAGACCCACAUCAGCAAGGGCACACUGGGCAAGUUCACUGUGCCCAUGCUGAAAUAGGCUUGCCGGGCGUACGGGCUGAACAGGGGGCUGAAGAAGCAGGAGCUGCAGGAAGCCUUCACCAAGCACUUCCAGGACUGACCAGAGGCUGUGCACCCAGCUGUCCUUCCACAGUGUGGCCAGGCUGCCUGGCCUUGUUCUCAGCCAGUUAAAAUAUGUUUCUCCUGAGCUACAAAGAGUCUACCAGACAGAAGUUGAGGGACUUUAUGUUUUUGAGGCUUUCUGUUGCUAUGGUGAUGGUGUAGCCCUACCACUUUGCUGUUCCUUACUUUACUGCCUGAAUAAAGAGCCUUAA